GGACAGAGAUACAGUAUAGCAAAACUAGCUCAGACACAGAUCACUCACAGAGGCUGACAUCCACGUGAAGCGAUCAUAACGUGUACACGAGACGAGAUAGAUAAGCAUAGAUACUGUACAGAACAGAGAAUGGGAGACGGAGAGAGAUUCCCCAGGUCAGCACUGCAGAUUGACCUGGACUGUUUCUUCGUGUCUGAGGAGUUUGGAUUCAUCCUGGAGCAGCCAGCAACAGACCUUCCAGAUUACUACCGGGUAUGGAUGGGCUUGGCCAGCAACCUCACACCCCUCAUCCAAACACAUAAGCUGCGAGACCUGGUCAAUGAGAUGCCAGUGCUGAGUCCCCAUCACCUAAAGGGCCACCGGGAGCUGAGGCUGGCUCACCUGGCCCUGGGCUUCAUCACCAUGGGGUAUGUCUGGCAGGAGGGGCAACACCUGCCGGCCCAGACUCUCCCCAAAUCCCUGGCUCUGCCCUACUGGCUGGUCUCCAAGAGACUCGGCCUGCCUCCCAUCCUGACCUAUGCAGACUCUGUUCUGGUCAACUGGAGACUCAAGGACCCUACAGGGGACAUGGAAAUUGGGAACUUGGAAACACUGUUCUCUUUUCCUGGGGGAGAAAGCUGUAAAGGGUUCUUCCUGGUCUCUCUUUUGGUGGAGAGGGCUGCUAGCUCAGGGAUACAGGGGGCGUUUUCAGUGAUGAAUGCUGUGGUAACCUGUGACAUCAUCAGCAUUCAGAAGGGCCUCUACAAAGUGGGCCAGUCUCUGAGGAAGAUGAAGGAAAUAUUUGAGCUCAUGCACAGGCAUGUGGACCCCACUGCAUUCCAUGGAACUCUGAGAAUCUUCUUCUCAGGAUGGAGGGAUAACCCCAUGCUUCCAGGAGGGCUGUUGUAUGAGGGUAUAGUUGAGGAGCCGAUGAUGCUGUCAGGAGGAAGUGCUGCCCAGAGUUCCUCCAUUCAGUGCUUUGAUGCGCUACUGGGCAUCUGUCAUGACGACCAUGCAGCAUCUUUCCUGAAGCGCAUGCGGGAGUACAUGCUCCCCUCCCACCGCCAGCUGAUAGAGACUCUGUCUGGCUGUCCCCCUCUACGUGACUUUAUCCUCUCCUGCUCCAGCCCUUCUCUCUGCGUCAAUUAUGACUCCUGUGUGUCUGCCCUGGUGAACCUGCGGAGUUAUCACCUCUCCGCCGUGACCCGAUACAUCACUGUACCUGGUCACCGGGCCCGUGCCAUGCGUUGUCCACUCAACGGCGUAGGCUCAGCGUUGGAUGAAACCGGCACCGGAGGCUCCAGCCCACUGCCCUUCCUGAAGAGCAUCCGUGAUGCCACUCAGAGAGCACUGAUCUCACAGACCUGACUCACAUCACAGAGUCAACGCUGAUAUAGAUCACUAUCGUUUGGUUACUUAUACAGCAUAUGUUCCAUCAACAUGGUGUUGUAUCAAACUGUCGCUGCUCUGCAAUUCACAUAGUAUACCAUAGAAUCAUUUCAGCACACCUUUCAUCAUUGUAUUGGUUGUAUAUACAGUAUAUAUCAUUAUGCUUUAAUAUAUUUUCUCUUGCUGUGGCAAACACUACAUAAUUAUAGUAAAUAUUACUCAAACUUGUUGAAAAUUAGGUUCUGGCGAGGGCCUGCCCACUUCCAACACUGCCUAGUGCAUUUUAGUUUGAUGAUCUAUUUGACUAGGAAUAACCAAGAGAAUGAUGUAGAGCACGGCUGUCAUACUCAUUCCAUGGAGGGCCGAGCAACUGCAGAUUUUUUUUCUUGUUUCAAUUAAGACAUAGACAACCAGGUGAGGGUAGUUCCUUACUAAUUAGUGACCUUAAUUCAUCAAUCAAGUACAAGGGAGUAGCGAAAACCCGCAGACACUCGGCCCUCUGCCGAAUGAGCUUGACACGUGAUGUAGAGCUAUCAACUAAGCCAUCACAGCUAAAUGCUUUAUAUGCCAUUUGUUUAUGACCUAACAACACAACUUUAUGGUUGUGGAAAAUGUACAUCCCAAUCGACAUACUAACAUAAAAGACAUACAGAUGUAGGAUCUUCAUUUGAGCCAGUUUCCUUCAGCAGGAAAAUAAUCCUGCAAGCAACAGGAAAUGUGAAUUAUUAUGUGGAAUACAUUUUUGAUGAAGUUGAUACAAUUUUCUUUCGGGUGAAUCAAGUCUGACAUUUAAAGUGGAAAUUACAAACUUUAGAAUUCUUUCAACUUUGCAUUUCCUGCUGUGCAUAAAAAUUCUCAGCAACAAAUAUAGUGAUCAAAUGAAGAUCCUACAUCUGUAUACGGUAUAUAGAAAUCUUAAAACAUUGAUGCUUAGGUGAUAGUGGUGGUUUCUGUGAUAGGUAUUGAAUUGUAAAACAGUUUACCUUGUAAGCUUCAUUGUGGAACUCCAACUCUGCCCAAAGUACAUCUUAAACCCACCAGCAGUUAUUUGAAUCAUGGUUUAAAGGAUUAUAUGCUUGAGAAGGAACCCUCAGUCAUGAAGUGUGAUGUUGGUUGGCUUACAGUAGAUAAACCACAUGGUCUUACCAGCCAUGCUUUUGUAUGGGGUCUCAAAUGGCCCAAAAAAAUGA